AUGCCUUCAGCGUCAAUGCCUUUAAACGAAGGGGAACUGUUGGAAUCCAGUCUACGCUUUGACAUCCGAUACGCUGGUGUCAUCGCCGACAUCCCAGUGGAUCUCGAUUUGACUGGCAGGACAGAUUUUCUGACAUCGGUUGACCGUGCACAGAACGAUGGAUACAAGAUUUAUGACCCCGAACGAAUUGUAGAUGCGAUUUUGGUAUUGAAUCCUUAUAGUAUAUGGAUUUUGGAAAAGCGCAGCGAGGACCUGGCCGAAACGAUAUGUGCCAAUCUGGAACGAUGUUUUCAGUUGGUUUUCGGUGAGGCUACGUCGCAGUUUUUUGACAAGACGAUUACCGAAGGCGCCAACACUAAUUUAAGCUUAUCCGGAUCACGUGCAAAUUUGUCAAAAAGGGUGGUCAGGUCACAGCCUCAGAAUUCGAGUACGACUCAUUCAGAAUCAGAUCAACUAAGCGCGGAUGCCGCUGACUUAAUCCAAGAGUACAUUCGGAUGUUACACGCUACGUUGUCGAACGAAGAACUGAAGCAAUUUGCGAUCCUGCUGAAACGUUGGAGAGCUGACAAUCUGCCGUUUUCCGAGUUCUUCCAAAAAGUGCUGGAAUUGUACGGCUCUGAACGAAAGUAUUUGCUAGCCAGUAUGCCGACCGCAGCGUACAUUGUAUCGCAAGUACUUGUGCCUUAUAAUUAG